AUGGUGCGCGUGCCCGGAUCUACUAGUCCGAAAGGGGACGUGAAGGUGAAGGGUGAGGCAAUGGGGACGCCUGAGCCGAAGGAUUUCGUUUACGAAGAGAAGUUCCCCGUUAAGGCUCCGAAAGGAGCCGUCCGGGACUCGGUCCAAAAACCGAGUUCCAUUGGACCUGCUGCUAAGCGGGACCCCGGCGUCGCUGAAAAGCGAGGUCGAAACCUGGAGCGCGAGCAUCUGAAGGGGGUCAUCCGCGACCCCGCUGCCCGAAGCGAUGCUCUAGACGCUGCGAUGGACUACAUGGAAGUCGAAGAUGCGAAGAAGAAAGCCGAGAAGAAAACGGAGAAAUUGGAGAUCUCGGCGCUAGCGGUCCAUGGCCCCAGCAACGACACUCACGAUGAAGACAAACGAUUUCGUGAAGCUGAUGUCAACUACUUCCGUCAAGAGCUUGCGUUCCUGCUCCAGAGAGAUCCGCUCCUGCGUAAGUUGGGGCUGACGAUGCCAUGGCCUCUCACGGGUCCAGUUCGCAACCCGCGCACGCUAACAAUCCGAGAUCCGCUUCACGCCGUCACGAUGCUGUUCUGCGUGCUCGAAGAUGCUGGUUUCAAGGUACAUGAACAGCGGAUCUCCACCGAUGUACGCGAGUACGAUCUGGAAACCACCGUCCUUACGCUCGCACGGGUGUACGCAGUGUUGCAGAAGCUCGUCCCGAGUGCAGAUGACUCAUCCGCGCCGUUGCCGACCGGAGACCUCACACCUCCUCGGUUGGACGAUUCGCGGAUCUCCUUCAAGUUUGAAGAUGACGGUGACGCUCUCAUGAGGAGCACUACCUCAACCAAGAAGCCUCCACCGGCCCCGCGUGUGUCCCGCCGAGAACGACGUGCGCAAGGGAUCCCAGCGAUCGCUGCAAACGAUGUAGGACGCGGGAAGUCUGCGCAAGUGUCAAAUAUUGCGCAGACUCGCCCAGCGAGAGGACCACGUGGGAGGAUCCAGGAGGCUCAAGAGGUUGCAACAGAGCCCGAUCGCCCCGGCGAUGUGGCUGAAGAUCUACUUUACCAGUUUGCGAACGAGCGAGACGAGCCUGAAGACGUUGAGAUGCAACCAGUCACUGCGUCUCCCGCUCGGCCACGUAUUGGGUACCGAUCCCAGACACAACCGGAAUACCAAGGAGAUCUCCAUGACCUAUCCGAUGACCUCGGCUAUGAUGGAGGUGGCGGAACCGGAGGUCGUGUCGCAGCUGUGUCCACGGCGACUAGGUUGCGAGCAUCGGCUGUGUCCGAACUGAAGGACUUCAGCGGCAAGGAACAUGACGAAGAAGCCGCCCGAGCCUGGUUCAACAAGGUUAGAACGGCCUUCCGAUGGGAUCAGAUGCAGCCAGACGAGAUGUGCUUGACAUUUGCCGAUUUGAUGAUAGGCCCUGCGCGCAAUUGGUAUUUCCAGCUGAGCCGCACUGCUCGCGCGUCGUGGACUGACCUGGGUGAACAGUUCCAGAUCCACUUUUGCGGUAAAGGGAUCUCCCUCGCGCGCAAGUACUACCACAUGCAGCGCGGGAGUCAGGAAGACCCACUGGAUUACUUAUACCGGCUGAAUCUGGCCGGGAUACGUGCAAACUUGAAGAUCCAUGAUGGCACCAAGGAACAACGACGUGAACACGUCGACCACUACAUCGAUACAGUCCAAGAUGACGAUCUCGCCGGAUCUCUGGUAGUGUUGAGGCUGCCUGACUCAGAAGCUCUCGAAGGCGUCCUGUUGGCCAUGCGACGCCGCCACCAACGUCGCAAGAUUGAGACCCAAGGUUCGAAAUACCGCCAAAAGGCUCCCGCCCCUGCAGCCUCCUCGAGGGCGGUGUGGGUUGUGACUACCGGUCGCGGACGCCGCGGAGAUCACGGAGAUCUCAACGAGUUCGAGGGCGAAUCAAGCAGUUCCGAUAGCGAAUCUGAAGACGAAAGAGCGCACGUGUUUUUGGCAGCUAGGACGCCUACACCAGGAGAUGGUGAACAGCCAGGAGCGCGCCAAGACCGCGAAGACCAACUGGGGCGCCCGAAGUACGGCACUCGAUGCUCACACUGCGGAUCUCGCAAGCAUACGGAUCUCGGGUGCUGGAAAAGGCUCACAUGCCAGAAGUGUGGACGCAUGGGCCAUCCUACCGACAAGUGCUUCUACGUCUGCAAGUGCUGUGGAGACGUUCACGAAGCAGGUCAGUGUAAAAUCGGCGACUUCUUCGAUGCUGUUCGCCAAUGGUACAACCCGACUCGCCAUGCCGGACUGCUGCCCGAGAGCGUCGAGAAGGCGUUAAACUAG